AUGUUCCUGCUAGUAACGGCGAACACCAUAGAGGGCUCACGAACGAAUCGGUUAACUGGCAGUUUCGAACAAGCAGUUUCGCGCCGAAGGUACUGUUGUUCACCUGGUCUAUUCCGGAAGCAUUAUUCUUUGUGCCUCGCAGUUUCGAAGGAUCAUCAACAUGUGCAGCUGUGUGUGAACGACAAGAGACGUUUUGUUUUUUUUCGCUCGUUUGGUGCAGCAGCUAAGUUCAGUGUGUCAGUUGCGGUCACGGCUAUUCGAUACGAAAUCAAACUGUUGACGUACCACAAACUGGUAACUAUGUACAUGUAUUUAUGGUUCCAUAGAAGCAGGAAAUACUACACCAUUUCUUAUAUACCUCGUUUUCUGCCACUGUUACGGUUCGUAACUUUUUAACAUUGUUUAACCUCUCUGCAGGCAAUUCUUUUCAUUUAAUUUGUUUCACGUCGUACGAAGCAACACAAAGAGGGAUGAAUACUACAUAUACUAUUUUAUACACUUACAAUAUACUAUUUUUCAACGGACUUCUUUCGCGGAAGAAAAACUUCGUGAUAAUUAGUAUCUUUCGGUUGUUAUACAAUACGUAAUAAUAUAGCUUUUUGUACGUAUAAUCAGUCUGCCUUUUACGAGAAGGAAAAACGUAACGCGCAAAGGUAAUUACAUUGCACUUUCUUUUUCAAUUGUAACGUACCGAACUAAAUCUACGUAUUGAACGAAAAUUUUAUCGAUAGCUCGCUGCAUUUGACGUUAAUGAAUAGCAGCUAGUUCAAAGGUAAAGAUUGUACGAUUGAACGAAGCUGGGUUUGAUAGAUUUUCAUUCACUCGCCAAGAAUAAGAUUUGAAUUGCUUUUAAGGGUAAGAUAUUUUUGACUGUUCGAAUAUAUGGAUUGAACUGUCUUUCGGCUGUUUAUCGAGUCUUCUUCACAACUUCUGUCACGAUUCAUAAGUCAGAGGAUAAGUGAGACUCAGUGUGACACAGGGAUCAUAAAAUUCCCCAAGAAAUAGUUUUCCCAAAUUCUCGGAAUCACAAGUUGGAAGAAUCGUUGCCAGGUAACAAUUUUCGAGACAAUCGGAUUCAUCGGUUAUUCUUAGGCUCCUUUGUUUCCGUUUUUAUUUCUACCUGUUUAGUAAUGGCCGUUGCAAUAAAGAAACUUACCGAGCUUUGGAAUUUAGGUAG